CGCUCUCUCCCUGAUGAAAUCCGCGCAGCCUUAUUUGGUGGACGAAUAAAAACAAGGACUUUACAAAGUAAGGGAAUUGGCCAAAUUAAACAACGGGUAAUUAUGACGCGGUUAUAUCACUCACAUCUGCUCCCAGUGAGUGAUUGGCCGGUGACCCCGCCAGCUCAAGCUGUCGUAGCUGGGAGGGCUGGAAGCGCCGUUUGGUCUGGCGAUCCGGUGCGCAUAGACUAACAAUGCCUUCGGGCAAACUUUCCCAACGAUACCUGAAGUCCACAGGACCUUCUCUCUUUUAAAGGUGUUGAAGGAAAGCUAAGAACAGCAAUGGCUUCCUGUUUGUCCUAUGAGUCUUCCUAAAGACUCAACUCUGGUGGGCUGAUGCUGCUACAUAUUUUGACAACUGAGUUAUCCCUCUGUUACUCAAAGUGUGAGAUUCUCUUAUCCUGGUAGUUUUAAGGCAUUGCACUGGCUGAACCCCAGCCAUGGAGGUGGCCCUGGUUGACUUUGAGAGCCUGGAGGACAUUAAUGGCACCCUUGAGGAUGAGAUUGACACCUAUGCUGAUGAGACAACAGCUCUCACAGUGGAUGUUCCUCCAGAGCAAAACAGCUCUGACAUCAAUAACCGUCAACGACCCCAUCAACUCUCCUCCAACCCUUCACAUUACAGCCCAAUGCCCUCCUACAUUUGGGAAUCCACCUCCUCUUCACCCAUUCCACCAACGCAGAGACUGGAAGUACCUCAGUCACCAGUGAUGCCAUCACCAAGCAGAAAGGGUCGCAGUAGUUGUGCCAGCAUUAUCUCCAACUGGAAGCUGCUGUUAAACAGUGAAGGCAUGAAGGAAAGUGAAACAAUCUUCAGUCGGCUCACGAAGGAGUGCUGUGAGGAUCUGUUUGCAGAUAAAAGAGGGUUGGAUGAUGGAGACCAGAAAGUCAUCAUCAACAUAGCUGGUCUUCGCUUUGAGACACAGCUCAAAACACUGGACCAGUUCCCUGAAACACUUCUUGGAGACCCCUUUAAGAGGACAGAGUACUUUGAUCCAAUGAGGAAUGAAUACUUCUUCGAUCGGAAUCGACCAAGUUUUGAUGGGAUCUUGUAUUACUAUCAGUCUGGCGGCAAAAUUAGAAGACCAGCUAAUGUUCCCCUUGAUGUGUUUGCUGAUGAAAUUGUAUUCUAUGAGCUCGGACAUGAAGCUAUGGAACAGUUCAGAGAAGAUGAAGGAUUCAUAAAAGAUGUUGACAUACCUCUCCCUAAAAAUGAAAUCCAUAGGCAAUUUUGGCUCCUGUUUGAAUACCCAGAGAGCUCCAAUGCAGCACGGGGUGUAGCGCUAGUUUCUGUCUUGGUCAUUGUCAUAUCUAUCAUCAUAUUCUGCAUGGAGACACUGCCAGAGUUCAGAGAUGACACUGAACUCUUUUUUCCAAGAGUGGUUCAACAUGUCAACCAGUCCAAAGCAUCCCACUCUGGCUCUUUAGCUGGUGCAAAGCUCAAAACAUUAUCCGAUCCUUUCUUUUUUGUUGAAACUGUCUGCAUAGCUUGGUUUGCCUUUGAGUUGAUUGUUCGGUUUGUGGUGUGCCCGAGCAAAAGUGAGUUUUUCCACAACCUCAUGAACAUGAUCGACAUUAUAUCCAUUAUCCCCUAUUUUGUAACUUUGAUGACAGAACUGGCCACAACCCCUCAGGAGAGCUCAGGACAGAACAUGUCUUUGGCCAUUUUGCGUAUCAUCCGCUUGGUCAGAGUCUUCCGUAUUUUCAAGCUGUCACGUCACUCAAAGGGACUGCAGAUCUUGGGACAAACUCUAAAAGCAAGCAUGCGGGAGCUUGGUUUGCUCAUCUUCUUUCUUUUCAUUGGAGUUAUUCUUUUCUCCAGUGCCAUCUACUUUGCUGAAGUAGAUGACCCUGACACACAGUUUGUCAGCAUUCCUGAUGGGUUCUGGUGGGCUGUGGUGACCAUGACAACUGUAGGUUAUGGAGACAUGUGUCCUAUCACACUUGGGGGAAAAGUGGUGGGCACACUGUGUGCAAUAGCUGGUGUGUUGACAAUUGCUUUGCCUGUUCCUGUCAUUGUCUCCAACUUCAACUACUUCUACCACAGAGAGACAGAAGCAGAGGACAAGGUUCCCAUGACAGAGGCUCUUGAGCAAGCCAUAAAGGCAGAAGAAAGUACCAAACAGGGUAGCAAUCCUUCAGUUAAUAAGGUCAAUGGUAUCUGACAGGAAAAGGAGAAACACUGCUGACUAAGAAAGAACUUUUCAAUCAAGCAGCAAAAAUAGUGGAAACAUAAAACGAAUUAAAUUUUAGUGAGAAUGAGUCCAAAGAAUGAAUUUAAGAUUGAAUAAAUACUUAUUCUUUUGGUGAAAAAAUGUUUUAUAGCAACAAACAGGGUGUACCAGACUUACCUCUUGUAUUUAUUUAUUUAUUUAUUUAUUUAUUUAUUUUUGUAUGAAAAUGGCACUUUGUGGAUUUACCUGAAAAUUCACUGUUAUUGUUUAGGAAUUUUUGUCAUUCUUCACUAUUUUAGGUUAACUUCACUGUUUGUUGUCGCUUUAGAUAUGUAAAUCUUUCAUUACUAUCAUUCAAGAUGCAAAUUAAGUGUUAAACAGUUUCAUUUUUAACAUUGUUUUUUUCAUAAACUUUGCCAUUAUUUCUCUCAACCUUAGCUUAUUUUGGUUAAAAGAUAUUUAUGCACAUAUCUUUAUUUACAACACAAUUUUCAGACAUUUAAUGUCAAAUGUAGCUAAAGAUGAUCAUAACGAUGACCACUAAUUAAAUAUAUAUAAUGCUCUGCAAAAGUAGUCAUAUUCUUUGAACUUUUACAGAUUUGGUCAUGUUACAACUACAGGCCUCAGUAUAUUUUUAUUAAAACCCUAUAUGGUGAACUAAAACAAACUAAUGCAGAAUUGUGAAGAGGUAGUAUGGCAAGACUUUAAACCCACCACUGUCAUCCAGAUCAACCAACAGACCAUACAAGGAGAGCAUUCAUUAAAAAAGCAGCCAGAAGCCCAUGGUAACACUGUGGAAACCUUAAAAAUCCACAGAUCAGGUCAGCUGAUAGGUUGACUGUUCUAUCAUCCUCUCUGGAAAUCUGAUCCUCAUGGAAGAGUAGCUGAAAGAAAGCCAUUAUUGACUCCAUUAGGAGUCCUGCUUGCAAAAUGCCAAAAGCCAUAUUGGGAACACAUCAAACAAUACGUUGUUUUGACCAGGUUAGAAUGUAACGUUUUGACCUACAUGCAAAAAAUACACCACUAUAUUUCAAUUGCAGUGUUGGCAGCAUCAUGCUGUAGACAUGCUUUUCUUCACAGUAUCGGGAAAGGUGGUAAGAGAUUACUGAAUAAUGGAUGGAGCUACGUACAGGCAAUUCUUGAUAAAAAUCUAUUAUGACAACAGAAGACUUGGAGGUUCAUUAUCCAGGAGGACAGUGAGCUUAAAUACUAUGUGAUGGAAUGGGUUGAAUCAAAGCCCAGGUCUAUAUUUGUUUGUGAAUGUGUAGCAAGAGUUGAAGAAUUAGUGUUUCCAAUCCCACCCAACAAACCCCUUUGAAAAACCACUGUGAUUGAACAGCCUUUCAAGGCAUUAUACAAUAAAAUUUUACUGCAAAACCCAUGCUUUUAUAAACUGACCAAGAUCUUAUCAGAUAUCUGUCCAAAUUUUGGUAUAUUAUUUUGGUUUGAAAACAUUACUUGUUCAGUCAACCCUAAAAUGUUGCUAAGGAUAAACUUAUUUUGAUUGGAAGUAUGGCCAGGUCUUACCCAAU